GGUUGUAACGCAUUGAAAGCCAGAUAUGACAUCAAUAAACGACGCUAAUCUCGAACCAUUACCUGCGUGCAAUCUUAUACAUAAACCGGUCAAUAACUUAUGAUAAUCUCACCACAACCACAUUUUCCCUACUUUCAUCAACUGUGAAAGACUUUUGAAGAACACAAAGCACACGACAUCACACAAUAUACAACACCACGCACAAAGUAUCAGAUAUUCAAUCAGUAAUUAUGUUCCAGAAUACUCUCGCCUUCCUUCUUCAAUUCUUCUUCUUCGCUUUGGCAUUUGCUCAACCGAUUGAAACUGCUGGACAUGGCAAUGCAUGGAAAUAUGGUUCUGGUGGUGGAGUGAUUGGAUUUAUCGUAUUGAUUCUUGAUAUUAUCGUUUUCAUCGAGGUCCUUAAAUCCAGCCGUCCUCCUUCCCACAAGCUUCUUUGGUGCUUGGUCGUUUUCCUCUUCCCCAUUCUUGGUUUGGUCGUCUAUUGGUUGUUCUCGAAUAGAGAGGCACAUAACUCUGGAAGUGGUUCGUAUGAAGCUAUUCCUUGAGUAGAUGAGGCUGUGCAAUUCGUGGUGGUACUAUUGGGUGAUGUUGUGACGAACACAGAUGAGAUGAGAAUGAUGAAGGAGUUUUGGUGAUAAUGAUCAUGGCAUGGAUGGCUUGCGUUAAGGGAUUGUUUUCUGGCAUACACGACUAAGUGGCUUUGGGGAUUGCGAUUUGAGGAAAUUGUGAAUGGAGUAUGGAAUUAUACUAGCAUAUUAUAAUGAAUGGAUUCAGAACAAUCGCAAUCUAGUUCGGAUCAGUCAGAACGGUCUAUCUACACACGAUUUGCGACCUUUAUCAUUGUCUCCCAGGUCAUUGAAUCCCGAUUGAGAUUUAGCUAUC